AUGUUCACAUCCUACAACCGAACUUGUACAAGUUCCUUUAGAACGUACGUCUUGGAGAACGUUGUUGACCUAUCCUGCUUUUGCCAGGUCAUUUGCUCAGAAAUCCCUCCUGCACAUCCAUCUAAGGCGCAUCCUGUGCAUCUCAUCAUCUCUGUUAAAUCGCACCUUGUCGCCUCUGUGUUGCUUUCCCUUGGACUCUGCUUUCGAUAUGUCACUUCAAGUUCGACAAUUGGGCUGUAUAGUAUCCCAAGGACUACAGACGGGGCUUACCUUGGCUUGCAGUACUGGCGUCCGGAACUCUUCGCAGCAAGUAAGACGUGGCUGUGUAGACGGGGUACUGGUCUCCAGCGAAGCAACUUUCGUGUUAUUGCUCUUGGCAUAAUCAAAGUGACCGAGGCCCACUCAAAUUUGACGGAGAUUGUCGGAAUUGGGGAUGAGAUCAGCGCGGGGAAUAAGCAUAGGGUCAAUAUGAACUUGGGCAUCAGUAUCGCUAGUCAGGGGAAGAACGAGACGGAUCAGUACAUCGCCAGACCAUAA